GUGCGCGAGGUAAGGCCUCAGAUCCAUUGUUCACGCGACUGCCUCUCCUCCCCCCUUCUCUCUCUCCUCUCUACACACUGUUUUGACUUUUCUUUUUACUCUCGAGUUAAACUGUUAAUGUACAUACAUACGCACGCAUGCAAGAGUAGCUCAACUCUCUUCUGUUUCUUUUCUUUUCCGCGCCCACAAGCUCAACUCUUCGAGCAGUUCGCUGUUCGAGCGUUUGAGCACGCACACAUGGGUUGGUGGGUACCUAAUACCUAUAAGUAUACUUACUGCACACAGAACAGAACACUGGCGCGCACUCACACACACACACACCUCUACUUUAGACUGGAGAGAGUCGUUCUGUUCGUCGUUUCUCGUUUGGCCCGUGUGGCGCUGACCAAGUGCCUACUACUCAUCUCUGCCCUGUCCCGAGCAUCAGUUAGAUCUUUUUCGAGCAAGUGUCGAGCAGUCGAGAGGACGAAGACACGUCCUCCCCGUUAGCCCGAAGCAGCUCGGCACUAUCAGCUUGCACUGCAGUCCUAUAUUUCCGCCGCUUUCUCUGGUGCUUUAUGUAAAGAUCAUGUCAUCUGGAGCUGGGUCUAGUGGCACUGGCAGAGGCCGUGGAUCAUCUUUGGCUGACAACAAGCCGGAAAAUAAAGAGGCCAAACCUAAUCCAAAGAUGUCUAAGGCAUUGGGAACUUCUGCCAAAAGGAUACAAAAGGAAUUGGCAGAAAUCACUUUAGAUCCUCCUCCAAAUUGCAGUGCUGGGCCUAAGGGUGAUAAUCUGUAUGAAUGGGUUUCUACAAUUCUGGGACCUCCAGGAUCAGUAUACGAAGGUGGUGUUUUCUUUUUGGACAUACAUUUUUCUCCAGAAUACCCUUUCAAACCUCCAAAGGUAACCUUUCGAACACGUAUUUACCACUGCAACAUAAACAGCCAAGGAGUUAUAUGUUUAGAUAUUCUUAAGGACAAUUGGUCACCAGCAUUGACUAUUUCAAAAGUUCUGCUGUCCAUUUGUUCUCUUCUUACAGACUGUAAUCCUGCGGAUCCUCUGGUUGGUAGCAUAGCGACACAAUAUCUGCAGAAUAGAGAGGAGCACGACCGCAUAGCACGCUUAUGGACGAAACGUUAUGCGACAUGAACAAGUCGCGCGAUAACGCGAAGAACUCCUAUCAAGUCUCAUGCCAAUUUUAUAGCCCACACAAUAUUCAGAAAACGCUGGCUCGGGUAAUUUGUAAAACGUUUUUCCGACAACAUUAUUAAUAGACAAGUAAAUUUUUCCACGACAGAAUAUACCAGCACAAUGCAUAAAUGAGUCGGGGAUCUUGUCACCGCUCAUUUUCGCAAAUUUGCAUUAGAAUCAUACGCCCGAUCUGUUUAUUUUUCAUUUUCAAUGAUCGUAUCGGGGCGCGACGCGAUGUCUUUUACACCGUGCUCGUUUCUUCAUUGAUUACACGAUAGUGAAAACUAUGCAACAAGAAGAGACGUAGACAGUGCUCAACUUUGUUCGCGCCUCUCGGCCGAAGGUCUAAUCAUGAUAUGCACAGUGUGCCUGAAAAUGAACAAUGUAUUAUGUGUUGAGGCAUGAGAAUAAGGAGUAUUACUUUUUAAUUUCGAAAACGACAAAAAGUCACGCAAAAGAAUCAUGGAAAGGGUUGCUUUUACACUGCAGAACGAAGAUGGUGAAAGAAAGAUUUUUUUGUCGAGAGGAGAGGAUAACCACGACGAUUUAGUAUUUAAUUUACAACACGAAAAACUAUAAUUAACGAUAUACUCCUAAGUUAUAAGUAAUUAGGUACUUAGGCAAUAAGAACAAGAAUGUCAGGAGGCUCGGCUGUCCCGGUCGUUGGUUUUUUUUCCAUCUUUCGACAUACUGGUGAUUAGAUUUUAUUUUUCUCUAUUCCAUUUUAUCGUUAUUUAUUUUUUAUUUUCAAAAGCUCGACGUUUUAGAAACCACAAUUGGUAAACUUUUCACAAGGCUAAUCGAUAUUUUUUUUUAAUUGUAGUUGCAUACAUGAAUAAAACUCGUUUUUUAAAUUAUUUUGUUUUGUAAUAGUCGCAUAUAGUUAGUAACCUAAAUUGAAAUAAACGCUAAAAAAUUAAUCUCUGUACACCGCAAAACUAUUUCACGAGUUGACUACAAUUUUAGUAUACGCAAGUAUGAGCACCACGAACAGAUUAAGUAUAUUGGGGCCAGCUAUAUCAUAUUGUUCUUCAAAAAUUAAGUGAAAUGAAAAAUUUAGCAAAUCAAUUGUAAAUAAGUAUCAUUUUUUCUGUACAUUUACAAACGUGUUCGUGGCCGUCGAGAAAUGCUGAACUUACGAAUUUGUAGUCUCGCCUUUUCUGUUUGCUCAUCCGCGAGACAAUUAUUUUUUAUAUACAUUCAUUAAAAGCAAAGCUUUCAAGCAUGUGUCCGUGCGUUUUUUCGUAAGUUUUGAACUCAGCGGCGAGGCGUUAACUAUUAGAGAACAUAAUUGCGAGAAUGAAACUAAAUGAAACAGGAGUUGCGGGUUAUUAUUACUCAGUUAUAUAGGUUGAACGCUGUUCUUCAAAUGAUAAUUUUAGACGAUGAACGUGAAAAAGUUUGAAAAUUUAAGUGUUUUCUCCAUACAGAAUGAAAAAGAUUCAAAUCAGGUUUUCUGCCAACACGUAAUACAUAAGACAACAAAUUUAACGAUUUAAAAUGCCCAUUUUAAAAAAUCUGAAUAAGGUACUGACUUUUUAAGACAUUCUUCAUGCUUCCACGUUAUUUUUGUAUAAGCGAUAGAGUUGUAAAAGCAAGGCGGACUAAUCCACUUUGUAAAUAAUUGACUCUGCGUGCGUAGCCGUUCGAUUAUAAACUGUAGUUGUCUGUAAGAUAUUAAGUGUAUCUUAAUAAUUGUUAAAUGAAGUGUUAGUAAGCCAGUUCACAGUCCGUAGCGAAAUCACGGGAGAAAAAGGCAAGUGAUUGUAAAAAAAAAGAUAUCAGACAUAAUUUACGUGGUUUGAAUUCAGGUGCGACUGCGACGACCGAUCGGACGAAAAGUUAUGAGCCAAAACGUAAAGCAAGAGGAAAGCUUAGCAGAAAAAUAGAUUCGGUGCAAACCUGUACAGGUCAUGUUUCCUUAGAGCUAUAUAAAUGAAGAAAUAAUAGUUGGUCGCGUUGAGCCGUAAUAAGAUUAAUAAGAGAGAAUCAAGCAAAUGAUGAAAUGUUGUAAAUAUCUUAGGCCUGGAGUUUGCUAUACACUUCUAUACUACUGCUGCUACUGCUGCUUCUACUCGAAUUUUUUAUGAUAAAAAAAGGGAAAUGAUAAAAGAAAUACAAAUCGCGACUCGCGUACCUCGCGCGAUUUCUAAUUGAGCUGCCGACUUUGCAAACUCAUCUAUAUAUUAUAUAAUGUACGUUCCAAGUUUUCUUUGAGAUAGCGAAAUGAGAAGAAUUGGAACAUUGAGAGAUGACGGAUGUAUGUAGGUGCACGCGAAAAAUGAGGAAGAAUCCCUCUCUCUGGACUCGCACUUCUACGAGAACAUUCUGUUACCAUAUAAAUCUGCGCUUCGUAUCUACUCCGUAACUACCUUUUUACUGUAAUGUACUAUAUGUCUGUCAUACUAUUUAGCCACGCAGAAACGAAAAGUCCGGAUUUGAAAGAUUUGCGCUCCAAGCGUUUUUCAUCUUUGAUUUUAAUUUCACUAACUAUCUAGGAAUCUCAAGUUUAACGUAAAUUAACAUCCCAAGGAAUCGUACGAGAAUUAGCCUUUUCCAGUUAUUUUCUCUGCCUGGAGCAAUCGCUAUCGAUCGUUGACUUCUUUUAUUAUUAUUACUUCUUCAUGCAGUUCAUAAAACGCGCAUCUUUUGAGUCGGCAAUCGAAGAAGCAAGAAAAACGACGCCUACAGUUUCUUUUCUUCCCUUUGCACAUAAGUAUAGCACAAAGCGCGAAUGAUCGGUUGGCACAUGUUCGAGGUUUCUUCCGUACGUUACUACGUUUGAUUUCGCAGUUUAUAGAUGAGCAAGUGUGAGCAUGCCAAAAUUGAAGAUUAAAAAGCUGACUUAAGUAGUAGAAAAACAGAGCGAAAGAGAGGUUGCGUGAAAGAGGUGCCGGUCUGUCCGUUCAGUAGUUGUAAAACUGUUGAACCCCUGGAAUAUAAGCAAGAGAUUGAAAGAAGAAGAAAGAAUUGAACUACAGCUGCGGCAAAACGUCUGGUCCGAACGGAUCGGUAUCUUUUGUGUAAAUACAUUCUCGUGAGAUUGUAUUGACUUGACUCGAUUGUGCCGUUGUGCGCGAAAUCCGUUUGUGUAUAAUGUUAGCGAUCAGAAGUGUAAAAUUGAAGUAUGUAGAAAAGCGAUAUCAAGGAAAAACUUGGCUCAAUCGAUCGAUCGAUGAUUAAGUAGUUGUAAGUUGAACGAGCGAAGGGGAAGCAAACUAAAAUCGACGGGAACGAGAAAAGGAUUGCGCGCGGACGAUGAUCGCAGAGACGGAACGAGACGAAAGAAAUUUGGUCGCUGAAUUGGUUUCGUGUGAUUCGUGCAAUGAAUCGAUAGGUUUCCAAGUCCAGGCUGACUUCACGCGUGCAUACCUAUACGAUAGAGACUCGCCUCUAUCUGACAUAAUAUUAGUAAAUGUUAGUCUGCUAGUUAGUGGCAUUGAUAUGAAAGUGGAAUAAAAUAUUAUACUCAA